GCCUUCGACACCAUCAUCCAUCCAUCCAUCGGAGUCUCUAACAGGAACCAAGCUGGUCCUUUGGAGACCAUCAUAGUCUUUGUGUUCCGGAAGACAAUCAACAACCCCCCAAAGGGUUGCCCAGAUAGAUACCCAUCCAUUUUCUAGAGAGUACCAUGCUACGAUUGACGAGUCAAAAAGUGCUCGGGAGCAGCCGUGUUGUGGCUGCUACAACACGAGGCUUCGCUUCGGUUCCACAAUGGGCGACCAUGGAUCCCCACCAGCUGGGUGUGGAUGCGACACCGUACGAUGUUUCCAACUGUGUGGGUGGGAAGUGGACCGCCGAUACCAAAUCCAAAAUGAUUAUCCCCCAUCCACUCGACAAGGAUGCUCCUCCCAUUUUUACCAUUCCCGAUACCCAAGCCGACGAAGUGGGACCCUUUCUCGAAAGUCUGCGAGCAUGCUCCAAGACGGGUUUGCACAAUCCACUCAAGAAUCCAGAGCGGUAUGUGCAAUAUGGAGAAAUUAGUCGACGAGCUGGCGACGCUCUCAUGCAACCGGAUAUUGCCGAAUUCUUUACCCAAUCCAUUAUCAAAUGCGUGCCCAAAUCUCAUGCCCAAGCCAUGGGAGAAGUAGCCGUCACGGCUGCAUUCCUCAACAAUUUUGGAGGAGACAAUGUCCGCCGUCUCGCUCAAUCCUUUGGAGUGCCGGGAGAUCAUUACGGACAAAUGAGUGUGGGACACCGUUGGCCCUAUGGCCCAGUGGCAUUGGUGACACCCUUUAAUUUUCCACUCGAGAUUCCAGUCCUACAACUCAUGGGCGCUCUAUUCAUGGGGAACAAACCAGUUCUGAAACCUUCCGAACAAGUCUCGAUUGUCAUGGAACAAUUCAUUAAACUUCUGCAGCAUUGUGGCAUGGAUCCCGCCGAUGUUGACUUUUUGAAUUGCAAGGGACCCGUGGCGCAAAAGGUUAUUGUGGAAGCACCCGUGCGCGUCACACAGUUUACCGGAUCCUCCAAAGUGGGAGAGAUGCUGUCGGCCGCCACACACGGCAAGGUCAAACUCGAAGAUGCCGGGUUUGACUGGAAAAUCAUUGGCCCGGACGUUGAUAAUGUAGACUAUGUGGCGUGGCAGUGUGAUCAGGAUGCCUAUGCCAGUAUUGGACAAAAGUGCUCGGCGCAAUCCAUUGUCUUUAUUCACGAAAACUGGAAAGCCGCCGGAUUGGUGGACAAGAUGCAAGCCAAUGCCGCCAAGAGAACGAUGGAUGACUUUACCGUGGGACCCGUCUUGACCAAUACCACCCAAAAGUUUUUGGAUCACACCAACCGGUUGGCUAGCAUUCCUGGUGCCAAGGUCCUUUGGGGUGGCAAGGAACUGGCCAAUCACAACAUUCCCGAGCAAUAUGGAGCCGUCGAGCCGACGGCUGUCUUUGUGCCACUGGAAGAAAUGAUGAAGGAGGAACAUUUUGAUGAUUGCACCACUGAACUCUUUGCACCCUUCCAGGUCGUGACCUUUUACAAUGAUGAUUCGUUGGAUACUGUCCUGGAGGCUACCGAACGCAUGUCGCAUCACUUGACGGCCGCCGUGGUUUCCAACGAUCCUGCCUUUCAAACCAAGGUGUUGGCCAACACGGUCAAUGGUACCACCUACGCCGGACGACGAGCCCGUACCACCGGAGCCCCGCAGAACCAUUGGUUUGGACCGGCAGGAGAUCCUCGUGGAGCAGGGAUUGGAACUCCAGAAGCCAUCAAACUGGUAUGGUCUUGUCAUCGAGAAAUCAUCAAUGACAAUCUCGUCCCUGCGGCAUGGAGUCAACCAAAGACAACCUAAACUUAGCUGGUGCAUUGAAUUCAGGAACAGGUUGUCCCUUUGUUAUUAGAUGGACACUCGGAAGAAGGGUGACGAGAGAAAGCGCAUGGGCGCGAGAUCUCCUCCUUUCGAUGAUUUGUGGAUUACUAGUAUUUGUGGUAUGAAUUCAGUCCUUUUUGUAGGACACUUUGAUAGAACGAUACACGAGACGAGAUGAAGUAAAUAAAAGCUAACUACGGCCACACUGGGUUUGCAGCGUACUUGUGCUCUACGAGCGGGACAACUAACUUAGCUCAAUCCCGUAGAGCCAACUAUUGUUGCAGCAAUCUCGGACGCUUCCUAUUAGGAUUUCGUUAGUUCCAUCUGCACCAUAACAUACUCGACAAUCAUGGUCGUGGGGGUAGGGAG